CGGAACAGUGCGAAAUUGCUGACCAACAAAUUAUAAUAAAUUAAAUAUUUAACAAUAUGUGGAGACUAUUGCUGCUAUGGGGCAGCUUGUGUUUGCUACCAGCUGAGGGCUGUGUAGAGCGCGUGCCUGUGACGAAAAUGCGAGUCAGACUGGUAACCUUGCGAAAAUAUCAAGGAUUGGGCAAUUGCACUACCAACUGUGGACCAUUGGUGGUGCGACCCUUUAAAGAGACCUACAUGUCGGUUGAUGAGGUUUGCUGUGAGGGUUAUGAGCGCGAGGAUGAGGAUGCCGAGUGUCUGCCCAAGUGCGAGGAUUGUGGCACAGGGGGCAAGUGCAUAACGCCGAACAUUUGCCACUGCGGUGCGGGCUACAAUAAUCUAGAGAAUCGCAGCGUUUGCAGACCAGAAUGCAGCGAGUCCUGCAUAAAUGGCAAAUGCAUUGCGCCAGACGUUUGCCAAUGCCUCGAGGGUUACAAGCUGAGGAACGAUAGCCAGACAGCAUGUGAGCCGCUGUGCGGUGUGGACUGCAGCAAUGGACAAUGCGUGGCGCCACUGAAGUGCAGCUGCAACGAGGGCUACAAGCGCAAUGAGACGCUGGGCAAGUGUGUGCCCAAUUGCCAGGAGAGUUGCUCGAACGGCGAGUGCGUGGCGCCCAACGAGUGUCGCUGCUACGCCGGCCACAGUGCGCGCCUGGACAAGCCGAAUGUAUGCGAUCCCAUCUGCAGCAGUGGCUGCCAGAACGGACGCUGCACUGCGCCCAACACUUGCCGCUGCAACGAGGGCUACGUGAACGUGGGCGGCGCACCAGCCGCCAGCUGCGAGCCGCAGUGCCAGCCGGCGUGUGUGCGUGGCAAGUGCGUGGCGCCCAAUCAUUGCGUCUGCGAGGAGGGCCACGUGCUGGCCAAUGGCACGCAUCAUCUGUGCACGCCCAGCUGCCGGCAGGGCUGCGAGAACGGCUACUGCAAUGCGCCCGGACGCUGCGAGUGCUAUGCCGGCUACAUGCAGCUGACGCCGCAGCGCUGCACGCCCAUUUGCCAUCCGGACUGCGGUCUUAACGCGCGCUGCUCCGCGCCGGAUACGUGCGUCUGCAACGAAGGCUAUGUGCCCAUCAAUGGCAGCGACCGACACUGCGAGCCCGCAUGUCCACGGCCUUGCUACAAUGGCAUCUGCAGCAGUCCCGGCGUCUGCAGCUGCCUGCCUGGAUUCGAGGCCCUGACGCCCAACUACUGCGUGCCCAUUUGCAGUCGCGCCUGCAUACACGGCGGCUGCGUGGCGCCCAACGUGUGUCGCUGCUUCAAUGGCCAUCGCCCCAGUGCUACAGAUCCGUUUGUCUGCCAGCCCAUCUGCUCGCAGGACUGCGGCUACGGACACUGCAUAGCGCCAGAGAUUUGCGAGUGUCUGCCUGGCUAUGCCAAGCGCUGGCCCAGCGGCUCCUGCGAGCCGCACUGCACCCAAAAGUGCAUCAACAGUCGCUGCGAGGGCGGCUCCGGACGCUGUCGCUGCUACGAGGGCUAUCGAUUGAGAGAAGGCUCCACCUCCAUUUGUGAUCCAGUCUGCUCGCCCAGCUGCGUCAACGGCAACUGCGUCGAGCCGAACAGCUGCCAGUGCCUGCCCGGCUACGAGGACACGCGCCUGGCGCAUCUCUGCGUUCCCAGCUGUCGUCCAGCCUGUGAGAAUGCUCGCUGCACCAAGCCGGGCAGCUGUGAGUGCAACGCUGGUCACUCCGUUGCCAAUGCCAGCGCUCCGCACAUUUGUCAGCCGCAGUGUGAGCAGCCCUGCAUCAAUGCCGAGUGCAGCGGCUCCAACCAAUGCAGCUGCCUCUUUGGCUACGACUUCGUCGCCGGCAGUCGCACCGAGUGUGAACCCUACUGCAGUCAGAGCUGCGACUCGGGCAGCGCCUGUGUUGCGCCCGAGAUCUGUGAGCCGCGUCUCUUUCGCGCGCUCUCCGGCGGCAGCGCUGGCUUCAGUCGCUGGGCCAUGCUCGGCCUGGCUCUGGUGCUCUGCGUCGUUCUCAUUCUGAUUCCCGUCAGCGUCAUGCGUGAGUUUAUGCAGUACAGAAGCAACAAGCGGCGUGAUAAGCAGCAGGUCCAUCUCAUUGAGAAUCCCAGCUAUGGCGUCUGCUUGGCCGCCAGUGAGGAGCAGGACAACGAGCAGGCCAUCGGCUUGGGCGACUAACUAACUAAAUAAUUAUUUAAUGUUUUUACUAUAAAUUUAAUGU